AUGGGUGAGUGGACAAUUUUGGAGAGGUUCCUGGAAGCUGCAGUCCAACAACACUCUACUAUGAUCGGAAGGAUCCUCCUCACAGUGGUGGUGAUCUUCCGAAUCCUAAUCGUUGCCAUUGUAGGGGAGACGGUCUAUGAAGACGAGCAGGCCAUGUUCAUGUGCAACACUCUUCAGCCAGGCUGUAACCAGGCCUGUUAUGACAGAGCAUUCCCCAUCUCUCACAUCAGAUACUGGGUCUUCCAGAUCAUACUGGUGUGCACGCCUAGCCUCUGUUUCAUCACGUACUCUGUGCACCAGUUGUCUAAGCAGAAGGAGAAACAUUUCUCCAUGCUCUGUCCACUUCUGGAUCGGGAUUCUGCCAGGGCAUCCAUGGAACACAAGGAGGAUAAAAGGCCGAAAUGUAGUCUCGUCAAUGGGGCCCUGGGCCAGAGUCCUGAAGGACAUCCAAAGGCACUGGAUGCAGACUAUAUAGAGGGCAAGAAGCUGUCUAAUUUCUCAGGUUGGAUCAGUAGCAAAAGCAUGAAGAUGAAACGUCAGGAGGGCAUCUCGAGAUUUUACAUUAUCCAGGUAGUCUUUAGGAAUGCCUUGGAGAUCGGCUUCUUGAUGGGACAAUACUUCCUCUAUGGGUUCAGCGUUCCUGCAAUCUUUGAGUGUGACCGGUAUCCAUGCGUUAAAGAGGUGGAGUGUUAUGUGUCCCGGCCAACAGAAAAGACAGUCUUCCUGGUCUUCAUGUUCGCCGUCAGUGGCAUCUGCGUGGCUCUGAACCUCGCGGAGCUCAACCACCUGGGCUGGAGGAAGAUCAAGGCAGCCGUCAGAGGGGUACAGGCCAAGAGGAGGUCUGCGUUUGAGGUCAGGAAGAAGGCCCUGCCAUAUUUCAGCAGCCAGGGCAGGACCCAAUCCAGUGAGUCUGCGUACGUCUGA